CGGCGAAACCGCACUUCCCACGGUCGCCGUCACAACGCCCGUAGCCGCCGUCAGUGAGAGCCGCAAGUGCGCGAGCGAGAGCGAACACCGAGAGUUGGUGGACGACGAUAUGCGACCACCAUGAGCGCGCGGCGUCGGCUUGGAACGGGCUCGACGCCGCCGCUUCCGACACUCGCUCGGCCAGAGAAGCCCGCGAAGCGACACUCCGGGACCUUGCUUGAGCGCAAGGGCGAAUCGUCCCUAAUCUCCGAAGAAACGAGGAUUAUCGCCGCUGUGCGCCGAGACGCCGGAUCAUCUACUACUGUGUGGCCUGUGGUUCUGCUUCUGGGCCGUCCUGUUGGCUCUGGGAAGCAGGCGCGGUUAUUGUGUGCUUGGUGACCAGUGUGUCUAGUGCUGUCACAGUGCCUGUGUGUUGACCAGUGGCUAACAACGACAACGGCUCGGCAUGAAAGACACCAGAGGAUCAGGCGCCUAUGGUCGCGCUCGCUCCAGAUAACGUCUCGGGGGUCAACCCGAAACUGACGAUGUUCAAGCGCCGUGAGGAGGUCGUGUCCGCCGAGGACUCGAGCCGAAGCUUCUUCGUGCGCUACUUAGGAUGCACCCGCUUCCAGUCCAAGUCCAAGCAGCGGGGGCUCAAAGCCCUGCAGCAACCGUUGCUGGACUUGUACAGUGCCGCGAGGCGCAAAGGCGAGAGCCAGCGGUCCGUGCACCCGCUGGCGCUAACGCAGCGACUAGACGUCUCACACUACGGCCUAGUGGUUGCGGAGGCCCUAGAGGAUCCGGAGACGAGGCGAGCCGUGACGGCCGUUACGCGUGUGAUUACGCCGGCUGCAAACAUCGUGCUUUGGGCCGCCCUCCGGUUCAGUGCGCGGAUUGCCAAGAGACGCACUAUCGGCGCCGCCUUCGUGCCCUUGGCUUGCUCGGAGGACGUCGUCGACCGGUCCUGGUACCUAGGAUUGUCGGCGAAGCGCAGGUUCCUCGUCGGAUUGGCACACCCUCCCGUGUUCGCCUGUCUCUUCCGACAGGUCGCGGCGCCGUCGACGUGGGAAUGCCACGGAUUCAUCUGCGCCUCAGCCGAAGACGCGCUGCUGAUAUGUUCGUCAUUAGGCGAAGCGCGAGACACUGUUGUUGUGCUGGAUAGGCCACGGCCUGCACCGGUGGUCGUGGCCGGUGGUAAGCGACCAGACGACUACAGCGACCUCACGUCUAUCACGGCGUCUUCGUAUACUGUGAGAAACGCGAGUAGCCGAAAGCUGACAUCGUCAAUAGAUGAACCGCAGUCAUCGGUUACGGCGUCAGCGAGCGGCUACUACCAAGAAGUGGUCGAUCGGAGGUUCAAGUCUCCCCGAAGGUCGUCCAAGAGAGUGUCACGACGAACGGACACCGAAUCCAAGUCCUCGGCAAGUGAAGAAAGAAAACGACGGGUACGCCGGAAGUCUAACUCUUACAAGUACCGGGACCUCUCCAAGAAGUACGCCGGGGCUGCACUGCCUAGGCCUGUCACAUCUGAGCUGUCGUACUCUUCUGCGGGAAAUGUGACAGUCACGACGGAAGAUACUCUUGUAAAGGAUGUCAUCUUGCAAACGACCAGCCACAAAGAUGGACUCAUCUUUCAAAACGUCGUUCCUGCUUCGAACGGAGGCGGCGUUCCACAGGAGUCUUUCGACGAGUCGUCAUCGUCGGCUCAAACACCGACCAACGACACUGGAUACUUCUCCUCGAAAUCUAAAAGUGCCAAGGCGUCUAAAGAGGACCUGACACACGAAGAACCUCCCGCUGCUCCUCCUGAGCCGCCUCCUCCACCGAGGCCACCCCAGUCAACCUACUACUUCGGUCAAAACGUGGCGCCUGCGGCGUCUGCGACUCAGAAGUCUAACGUUACGUCUUACACGUACUUCCUCAAGGACUCAGCCAGGAUCCCCGUCAAGGAGCCAGUGAUCCUGCCGGAACAAGUGAAGCCUCGAGAAACGAAUACGACAGCAGCAGUAACAACAAUCGUUCCACCCAGCGGGACGUCGGACAGCUCAUUGUCAGGUUACCACUCCGACUCGUGCUGUCAGACGCGAGAAGCCGGCACUAUGACCAAGGACGACGACUGCUGCGACUCGGACUGCUGCUGCUCGUGCGACUUCUCGUCCGUUUGCUCCGAGUGCAGCUCGAGCCGCAGGACGCUGGUGCCCAGCGGCCGCUGCCAGAGCCGCGGCCAGAUGACCAUUUCGGAGACGAUUAACUUCAGCAGCGAGUGUGACUCAGAGGCACACUGGAUGCGACGCAGCUCGGUAGCGCACUCAUUCUCAGCUGACGGGCGUGUCAAGGGGCGCUCGGAACAUGGCCACGAACACGUGACACGAGCUCAGGUGCAUCACCACCACCACGAGCGCACCCAGCACGUGCAGCAACAGCACCAGCCGCCGCAUACCUUCGCAGCCGUUAAAUACCACCGGGAACCGCAAGAUGAGAAGCAGCAAGCGGACGAUGAGACGAAGACCAUGAAGAACGCGUACACAUCGACGACCGCCUCGCUGUGCGGUGACAGCCCGCCCAACGGCAAGGUAGUCAUCGACGUAGCGCAAUGCGACGGUAUUAGUCGCGGCGUCAUGACACCCGGAAUAAUAAGCUUCAACAAGCACGGCCACGUGCGGGACUGGGCCUCGCUGAGCAACUGCUCGGGCUCGUCGCGCGUCACCACUACCACCCUCCAGCCGGUGCAGAGGCCGCAGCGAAGUGCCAAGGUCAUACGAUGGGAGCAGCAGCCGCAGCUCAACAAACGCAAGGCUAAGCCGGGAUUCUUGUCCAAUCUGAAGACCUCCUUGACACGCGCCCGGCUGAAGACGGGCAAGCUGUUCAGCCGAAUGCGGUCGAACCGCAACGGAAAAGAGAUCGCCACUACGACGACGGUCCACGAUCCGGACGCUGAGUCGCAAGACGAAGUCUGCCUCAGCCCCGACGGGAACGCGCGCCCGAAGCGGAAGCGACGGCGACGGCUGUCCUGGAGCUUCCACGACCUCCGCUCUGCGUUCCCCUCCAAAAACAACGGCGCCGCAGCCAAUGCCCCGCAGAGGCCACGACGCAGGAAGAAGAAGAAGAACCGCAAUGGCCGCGUUAAUGGUGAUGCCGGUGGCAGUGACGUGUCCGAUUCCUUCUUGGAGGAAGAGGAAGAAAGGACGGUUGACGCUUCCACGAGCCCGCCACGGAGGCCCCGGCGCAAGUCGGACUCUGAGCUCGGUGCCGGUGCUCCUGCUGCUAAUGGUGGUCCGCAUAAGAAGCAGCAGCAGCGCCGCGUCGCUGGUGAUGUGACCACGAUACGCGUUGAACACGGACUCACUAAGGAAGGAUUCACGCGCUGGUCCAACACGAACCUGCACUCUGAACUUGGAUACAUUCCGUGAGGGAAAGUAAACGUGCGCGCUUGGAUUGCAAUGAACAAAGGUAAAGAGGGCGCCCUCUCAGGUUCACCGUCGGUUGGAUCGCAGCUGAAGCCGAGCUAAAUUGGGAUCACAACUCGCGGUAUCGCGCCUCAUAUCUAAUAUGCAUUGGGAUCAUAGUCUCUCAAACUCAGUUAUUACCUGUUUUGUGCUCACGGCGGAGGAUAAUGAUCGCCGUUUUAACCUCGUUUAUUUCGGAAAGAAGCGCAUUUCUUCAAAACGUUCGUUUUCAAAUUGUUGAAUUUUGAGGAAUGCAACCGUUAAUUUGAAUUUAAGCUACGUUCUCAACCGGGAGCGCCGGUUGGUACCGUGGUGUGACCGUAAAACAAAAGCUUGUCGCUGCUUUCUGGGAGCUUGGCACGGUUGCCAAUAGCAUGAAAGCAAUGAGCAAAGCUGAAUUUCACGAAGCGAGGCUGCUCUCCAACCGAAGAUGAAGUUUGCCGCCCUGGAUACGGUGUGCCGGUGAAGUGAGUGCGGCUUCGGAAGCGUACACGCGUUUUGCGCUUCAACUCGUGUUUUAGCAAACAUUACACGGCUUAGGAAUCAUUCGGUAGGCUUCUAUGCCUCUUUCCCCAUUUUUCUUUCCGCCAUCAAUUUGUGUGAUAUUUGCGGGAGGGAUAAGUCUGUUGCCAUAGUGUAGCACAGGACAGAUGGGUGGGUCCCUUGUAGUUUCAAAAUAGUAAAUUCGAGGGUACAGGCUUCGUAGUUCUUAUGUAGCGAUGACCUGCUCUAUAAACUGAACUUAAUAGCUCAGGCUUAAGAUCCAAAGUCGAGACUCCCGUCGGGGAGCCUUCCAUACACCUGUUGCCGUACUUGCUUGAAUUGUGAUGCGUAGGCGGGAGGCGGGGUGGAGAAUAAACAAAUGGUCAUGCGUGCCACACCACGACGCGAUACCGGUCGCAGGAGCGCUUAGCUUUGUACAGUCGAAUGCAGUGUUGCAAACCGUGGCGCCUACACAUUUCUUUUUUUUUUUCUGAAUGCUUUUCUAACUUUAUUUCGAACAUACUUGUCGUUUUCGAAAUUUCUUCUAUUUCUGCGUAAAUCUGAACAUAAAUUUACGUGAAAUUUUCAAUGCUUUUCAAUGUCCUGAUUCGUGAAACGUAAGGCUCUAUUGCAACAACAGCGCCUGAAAGAACGUGCUUAAAUGUUGCGGAUAUAACAUGUUCACGACCGGAUAAAUCUUUUAAUAUGGAUUAAGUAGCCAAACGAAAGAAGCACAUCAUAUUGGAAAUGAUCUUGGCUAUAAUCACCUCAAAUUGUACGUACUCACGACUAAACACGUCCGAAGUGGAGGACUUAGUCCAUUACUGACUUCGAAGCGUGAAUAUGCUUCCUUGCUUACAUACUAACGUAAAGAGAAACGCAACGGACUUAUCCCUUCGUAGCAAGCGUGUCAAUGUGCUUCCCUGGAAAACCCGUCCUUCCUUUGCAGUCUCUCUGCGUGGCAAUCUAGAUAUUUUAAUUACCCGUCAAUGAGCAGAGAAGAGCUUAACCGCGCUUAAACGUGUUCUGUGAGCCCUGUGUGCGUAGUCAACGUGACUGUGAAUAAGACGCUGUGCAACGAUGCCACGAGCGGGAUCGAUCGGUGUGUGUGCCUGUGCUCGGGAAUGUGUUGGGCGACAAGUGGUUGCCCGUCGAAGUGUGCCUUUCCCACGGUGAAGUGCUGCCGAUGUGCGGACAAAAAAAAAAGUACCUUACUGAACUUCUAACCGCCUCCGGUUGCGAUGUCCUAGUCCCUCUAUACAUAAAGCCUACACUAUCCUUGACAGCUAAAUAAAAAGCAGAUUCAAGCUUAGCGUA